GACCUGACAAGUGACAGAGGCGGGCGACAGCUGACUUGCUGUUUUGAAUUUUCAAUUUUGGUUUUUGGUAUAGUACGGGUAAAAAAGAAAACAAAAAUAGUAAAAAUUUAAAUAAUUUAAAUUAGUAUUUACCAUAUAAAUUUUUGAUAUUGCAUUCCAAGUUUUAAUAAAGCUCAGAAUAACCAGUUAAAAUGACUGAUUAUUUUCAAGAAAUGGGAUGGAGAGAAUUACAGGAUGGAGAACAACCUAACCAUUUUUUGCAUUUAGCGCGACUUUUAAUGGAUUAUAAUAUAUUUGAAGAUAAUUUUACUGGAGAAUGGCCGAGACUGCCACCACCAGCAUCAAAGGAAGCUGUUAAUAAAUUGCCAGAGGUUGUUAUGUCUGAUGAAGAUAAAAGCUGUCCUAUUUGCCUGAAGAACUUUGAAAAGAAUGAAAAAGCAAAAAAAAUGCCAUGUAAUCACAUUUUUCAUCCUAAUUGUAUUUUGGUAUGGCUUGAAAAGACGAACUCAUGUCCAUUUUGCAGACAUGAACUCCCUACUGAUGAUGAAGCAUAUGAAGCUUUUAAAAAGGAAAAAAAGCGAGCAGAACAGAGAAAGGAAGAUCUAGAAUUGCUACAUAAUUCUAUGUUUAGUUGAUCAUUUUCCAUUUACUUAAUAUAUCAAUAUUUUUCAUUAAUAUAAUAAAAGUACUAAAAAGUAUGAAGAAAAGAUUUUCACAAAUGUCUGGUUCUGAGGUUCUAUUAUGACACUCUACAUAUUUGUAGAUAACUCUUAGUCGCAGGCAACGCUGGCGCGACGUGUCUUGGCUCUGUGAUGAGAAAAAUAAUAAUGCAGGUUGAAUGGAGGGUGCCAUGUUGGCGCGACGGGUGGGCGGGUCAUGCGACUUGCAGCGGAGGGAAUAGUAUGAGUUCGCGAGUCCUGUGUAUUUAUUAAAUUUAGUUAUUAGUCUAAAAUAAUGUCUCGGCCAGCAAUCUGGUGCAAUAAGGAUGAUCAAUAUAAUAUAUAUGUAAAAAAUAAUGGGAUGAAUUAAGACGACAAUUCCCAGAAACUUGGGGUAUUUAUAUUAAUUCCCAAUACUCCUCCCGCCUCCGCAGGUCGUCCCCACUCACCGCGGUCGCUCUAGCGUGGCCUGUGACUUUGUUAUAUUUUGUCUUACAUUGUUAAAUUAUAGUGUAGCAGUUUAAAUAAAAAUGUAAUAUCUAUCAUUUUUAUCAUCUCACAUUCUAUAUAAAGCACAUAUAUGGUGUUUUGAAAAUAAAGAUUUAAAUUUAUCCCCUAUUAUGUACAAUUAUACAAAUUCAUAGCUAGAUUUUUAAGACAUAAAGACACAAGAGUACCUACAUAAGAACACAUUAUUUUUGUUGUCUUGUUUAUGAGUUUGAUUAAAGUACACCCUGAAGGUAUAUCAUGUUAAAUUACAAUUUUAUUGGAAC